AUGACGUCGUCGCCGUCAUGGGAAGAUUUGAGGAAACAAGCCAGAAGGCUGGAAACAGAAAUCGACUCAAUGUUGGUGUCGUUAAGUAAAAUAAGUACUAAUAAUCCUAUGAUGUACAGCGACGAUGAAUCACAGUUAUUGUUGUCUGAUGAUCGAUUUGAAACAGCUACAUCUGAAAUCGAAGAGCUGCUUUCUAAGCUUAAUACUGUCAAUGAAAAAAUGGGCGAAUGGAGUUCCAAUGGGGAACAAUCUACAGUUUCACAAAACGUGCAUACUGUACAGCGUCACAGAGAUAUUUUACAAGAUUAUACUAAGGAGUUUCAAAAAAUACAAUCCAAUGUUAGAGCUCGAAGAGAAAGGGAAGAUUUAUUGCACAGUGUUCGACAGGACAUUGAUGGCUACAAGAAUUCUGGGACAAAAAACAGGCGUAUGGAUUUAUAUGUCAAAGAACACGAACAUGUGCGUAAUUCAGAUCGCUUAGUAUCCGACCAGAUUGCAAUUGCAAUGGAGACCAGAGAACAUUUAGUAUCGCAACGGCAUCAUUUUAAACGUUUACAAUCUAGACUUCAUGAUUUGUCAAGUAGAUUUCCUGCUCUCAACACCCUUGUACAAAAAAUCAACAUGCGUAAAAAACGUGAUUCCUUUAUAGUUGGAGGAGUUGUUGUUAUAUGUACUUUUAUAAUACUCUUGUACACUUUUCAUUAG